AUGGCUGAGACAGCUCCAGUUGCUGCGCCGGACGUUGCCGCGGCGGCUCCGGCCCCGGCCAAGGCUACCGCUACUAAGAAGCCGAAGAAGGCAGCGGGCAGCUCUAAAGCGCGCAAGCCUGCGGGCCCUAGCGUCACCGAGCUGAUCACUAAGGCUGUAUCCGCUUCCAAGGAGCGUAAGGGGCUUUCUCUUGCUGCGCUCAAAAAAGCGCUGGCUGCCGGCGGCUAUGAUGUCGAAAAGAGCAAUAGCCGCAUCAAGCUGGGGCUGAAGAGCCUUGUUAGCAAAGGCACCCUGGUGCAGACCAAGGGCACCGGUGCUUCCGGCUCUUUUCGCCUCAGCAAAAAGCCGGGAGAGGUGAAGGAAAAGGCUCCUAAAAAGCGGGCAGCUUCUGCCAAGGCUAAGAAGUCAGCGCCGAAAAAAACUUCUACUGCUGCCAAGAAGCCUAAGAAGGCGGUGACAGCGAAGAAGAGCCCUAAAAAAGCCAAGAAGCCGGUGGCUGCUGCAGCAAAGAAACAGGCCAAGAGCCCCAAGAAGGUAACUAAGGCGGCCAAGCCUAAGAAAGUGGUGACAGCAGCCAAGAGUCCUGCCAAGGCAAAGGCGGUGAAGCCCAAAGCAGUCAAGCCCAAAGCGACUAAACCUAAAACUGCCAAAGCGAAGAAGGCAGCGCCCAAGAAGAAGUGA